CCCCCAAAGAUCUUCCCUAACGUUAUGAUACACGAAUUGCAGCGGCGGUAAUCCUUUCUACCUCAGUUUCGUUUACAUUUCUCUCUCUCCCCCAAUCUCUCUUCUUUCCCUUCCCCUUUCUCUCCUCCCUUUUCUUCUUCCCGCUUUUCUCUGUUUUCCGUUCCUCUUGGCCAUAGCAGCCACAACUCAUUGUCCGGAUGCUCAGCCGACAAGCAGUUUCUAAGUUUCAGUAAUUAUCCUACGAACAGCAGUUACGAGUAGUGAGUGAAAACUGUAAAGUUCACGGCCGAUUUACUUUGGCUGCCAGCACGAUAUGCUAGUGUCUCUUCCGAAGUUAGGGUUUCACCAGAGCUUACUGUUUGUAAAGAAAGAAAGCGACGAUCGAGAAAUGGAACAGAGAGAGAGAGAGAGCGCUUUCUCUUGAAUGCCAGCAAUAGUAUGGUGGUAUGGAUUUGGAGUUGUUAGAACCAGUUCACAGUUCUUUUCAUCUGAAUUCAGAGCAAGACGUUGCUUGGGGAGCUUUGAAGGCGACAGAUCAUUUGAGGGCGUGAUCGUAAUCAGAAGAAUCCAUGUCUGACCGAUUUGAUUCAGAAUGUUUCAACUCCGCAACGACGAGCUUGGAGAAUUCACUUUUGGGCAUUAGCAACUGUAGGCCCGAUUCUCAUGUUGCACAGCAAAGCCGUCGCGACAAGUUGAGAGUUCAGCAAAGUUCAAGUCAAAGGCCACCACCAUACACAAGAUUUCUCCCAGCACCUGGUGCAAGUACCCAGAGAUACCAGCGUAUUUCGAGUUCGGAAUGUUAGGAACUGCGGCGACCUUCUCUAUGACCCUACUCAGGGGAGAGAAAUGCGAAAGAAUUUGAGGGGCUCAGGAGAAGAUGGGCAGUUGGGCAUUGGCAACGACGAAGAGAAAGAUUGGGUAUGCACUAUUAACGCGCUGAAGAAUGAAAAGAUUUGUUCUGUGGUCGCUGGGAGCAGGAACUCACUGGCAAUUUGUGAAGAUGGGAAGCUAUUUACAUGGGGAUGGAACCAAAGGGGAACCUUAGGCCACCCACCUGAAAGUAAAACCGAGAAUAUUCCUAGCCAGGUGAAAGCUCUUGCCAAUGUGAAGAUUGUUCAGGCAGCUAUUGGUGGAUGGCACUGUUUGGCAGUUGACGAUCAAGGCCGAGCUUAUGCCUGGGGUGGUAAUGAGUAUGGGCAGUGUGGCGAGGAACCUGAGCGAAAAGAUGAAAAUAGUCGGGCUCUUAGGAGAGAUAUAGUGAUACCUCAGAGAUGUGCGCCAAAGCUUUCAGUUCGCCAGGUUGCUGCUGGAGGUACUCAUUCUGUAGUGCUUACACGGGAGGGGCAUGUAUGGACAUGGGGUCAACCAUGGCCUCCUGGAGAUAUAAAACAGAUAUCCACUCCAGUAAGAGUACAAGGUCUUGAAAAGGUGAGGCUUAUUGCAGUUGGUGCAUUUCAUAAUUUAGCACUCGUAGAAGAAGGAACAUUGUGGGCAUGGGGAAACAAUGAAUAUGGACAACUUGGAACUGGGGAUACACAACCAAGAUCGCAACCUAUUCCUGUUCAAGGAUUGUCGGGUCUCACUCUGGUAGAUAUUGCUGCGGGAGGAUGGCAUUCUACUGCAUUGACAGAUGAGGGAGAGGUGUAUGGUUGGGGAAGGGGGGAGCAUGGGAGGCUUGGAUUUGGAGAUGACAAAAGCAGUAAAAUGGUGCCCCAGAAGGUUCACCUCCUAGUUGGGGAGGAUAUAGUUCAGGUGUCAUGUGGAGGCACACAUUCAGUUGCAUUAACACGUGAUGGGCGUAUGUUUUCAUUUGGUCGAGGAGAUCAUGGACGUCUUGGAUAUGGGAGGAAAGUAACAACUGGUCACCCAAUGGAAGUGCCAAUAAACCUCCCGUCACCAAGGCAUCUCAGUGGCACUGGUGCUGAAGGACGUUGGUGUGCAAAACUUGUUGCCUGUGGUGGACGCCAUACUUUAGCAAUAGCAACAUGGGAGACCAAUGAACCAGACCAGUUGCUGUGAUUGCGGAUAUUAAAAUUGCAGUCAUGAAUUUUGGAAGAUUUAGCAGAACUUUUGUAAACACAACUUGAGAUUGUAUAUUGUUUUAAACAGCGACUAAUUAAUACAUUUACAUGGCACUCACAAAAAUAAUACAUAUAUAUGAAUUAGGAUGGUAUUAACCAUACCAUGCUUUCUGCAAUACAAAAUUGUGGUAUUUCCAUGGAGU